CCGUCUCCGCUAUAAACAAACAGGGAAAGCUGGUCGUUCCGCUCUCCUGUCUACAAGAUCUUCAUUAUUUCCCUGUUUCUCUUCUUCUCUCGAUCGAUCAAUUUGCUAAAUUGGUGUAGAAGAAGAAGGUCCAUUUUUUGUUCUCCUUGCGAGCUCUGAUUGAGGAGUAUUAAUGGCUUCCAAGGACAAGGAGAGCAAGCCAUCUUUCUCCUCCUUCGCUUCUUCUUAUAAGGAGAUGAUGAAGAGGCCUUCUUUCUUGCUCGCCUUCCGCUUCGUCGUCUGCGUCGCCCUCUGCUACCUUCUCUGGCUCCGCUUCCUCUUCUACACCUUCCCCCCGGCGUCUACGGCUGUCUCUUUUAGAACGGCUAAGCUCAGCCGCCCGCUGGCGGCCACCUGCGACCCUGCCAUCGCGCCGUUCUAUAUCCACCGCCUCCACCCCCGUUUCAACUCUGCCCUCGUCCAGCACGGCCUCUCCUGCGUGACUUGCUGCGACGUCUGCCCCCACGUCGGCCACCGCGGCCUCGGCCGCCCGCUCCUUCGCCUCCCCGCCGACGCUGACUUAGACCCGGGCCUCACGUCCUGGUACGCCACCCACCCCCACGCCGCUGAGGUCAUCUUCCACGCCCGCGCCGAGCGACACCCUUGCCGCACCGCCGACCCAGCCGCGGCGGAGCUCUUCUACGUCCCCUUCUUCGCCGGACUCCACGCCGCCACCAACUCCCGGCAGCAGAACCACACCCGCCGCGACGCCCUCGCCGUCGACCUCGCGGAGCACCUCGCCUCUCUCCCGGCCUUUGGCCGCAGCGGCGGCCGCGACCACUUCCUCGUCGUCGGCCGCACCUCCUGGGACUUCAUGCGCGACCCGGACCUCCUUCCAGAGGUCGCCAACAUGACCGUCCUCACGGUGGAGCGCCGCCCCGGGGAGGGCCGCAACCAGUUCGGCAUCCCCUACCCGUCCUACUUCCACCCGCGGACGGCGGAGGACGUGGCGGACUGGCAGGCGGAGCUCCGCCGGUUCGCUCGGACCCGGAGCCACUUGUUCGCGUUUGUGGGCGGACUGCGGCCCGGUUCGGACAAGGCGGCGGUUCGGGCCAAGGUCAUGGCCCAGUGCUGGAAGUCGAAGCGCUGCCUCCCGGUCGAUUGCAACCCGACCCGACGCCGGUGCGAAGACCCUGACCGGGUCCUCGACGUCAUGCGCCGGGCUGACUUCUGCCUGCAGCCGCCAGGCGAGUCGCUCACUCGGCGGUCCACCUUCGACGCGAUGCUCGCCGGCUGCAUCCCGGUGUUCUUCUCCGAGCACUCGGCGUACGCACAAUACGAAUGGUACAUGCCGGCCCGACCGGAAGACUGGUCGGUUCAGUUGAAACCGACCCAAUGGGACCACAUCGAGGAAGAGCUGGCUCGGAUUCCGAAAACCGUGGUGGAGAAGAUGAGGGAAACGGUGAUCGAGCUGAUUCCUAAUGUGACCUACGCCCACCCGGACUCGAGUGCGACCCAAUUAGGGUUUCAGGAUGUAGUAGAUACGGCUCUAAUUGAGCUCACCAAGCGGGUUCGAUUAAACCGGGAAAGUCUGAAAAUACUGUAAAUAGACGAUGUAUCUUGCCUUCCGGUAUUUCUAAACAAUGUGUAGGUUUACUUGCACCUGCGAAUUAUACGUUUAUCUUUUUCCUCCAAAGAAACCAAAUUUCUUGUGACUUCAGCAAAAGGAAUAAGACAAUCACUUUGAUGGAUGAUUCGUUGAA